AUGGUCCUCAGCUGGCUGCUGCUUCUGGUGAUGGCUCUGCCCCCAGGCACGACAGGCACCAAGGACUGCGUCUUCUGUGAGCUGACCGACUCCACGACCUGUCCCGGCACCCACAUGCGCUGUGGCGAUGACGAGGACUGCUUCACGGGCCACGGGGUGGCCCCCGGCAUCAGCCCCAUCAUCAACAAAGGCUGCGUGCAGGCCACCUCGUGUGGCCACGAGGAGCCCGUCAGCUACAUGGGUGUCACCUACAGCCUCACCACCAACUGUUGCACCGGCCGCCUGUGUAACGGGGCCCCCCACCCCGCAGGCGGCCAGAUGGCAGGGGCCACCACCGGCCUGGCGCUGGGCGUGCCACUAUUCCUCCGACAUUUGCUGUGACCAACCUGGAGGGCAGGGCUCCAGACUGGUCUCCCGCCUGCACUGCCCCCCGUGUCCCCCGCCUCCAUCCCCUUCCCCUAUCAAAUGGCCAGAGGCCCUGGACAACCUCUUGUGGCCCUGGCCUCAUCCACUCUAGGGCUGUCACCAGAGUCCAGGGCUCAGCGAGGCAUCCUCAGGCCUGAUUUAGUGGUGGGGAACCAUGCCCGAUGGGUUUGACUGCACUACAGUAUUUCAC